AUGGUAUCGCGUCUACUUCUUAUCACUGCCAGCGUGCUUGCGUUGAGUAGUGGCAUCGUCAGCGCUCAUGGAACACACUCCAGCGAUGGCAAGCCCCCUUCCGACGACUGGGCCACGAGACAUAUGAUAGAGGAACACCACAUUGAAGGCUUUGAUGCGCUAUCAUUCUUCACAUUACACGAUUACGACUCCUCUGGCUCAUGGACUCCAGACGAGGUUCGCAAAACGUACGGCCUCGAUGAUGAGUCCAACAAAAGCGCUUCUGAGUCAAGCAAAGAGUCUGCCGUCCGGGCUGUCUUCGAUUUGUUUGACCCCCGACACACAGGCCUGAUCAGCCGCGACAAUUUCGUCAAGACAAUUGCCGCCGGAACGCGUUUGCCCGACCUCGGCUUCGGACCCGGUCACCACGGCGAUCUGGAGUACGAGUACGAGAUCCACCACUUCGAGAAAUUCCACGGUGAUGAUGCGAAGGAAGAGGAUCUGACGCAUCCCGAAGACAUUGAGCAUUUCCGCCUGCAUGAUGAGUUGGAGGCUGCCCAAUUGCGACUCGACAAGCUGGAGGAUAUGCAAAUUGUGGAAGCCAAUAUCCCCUCCAAAUUUCGACGUGGGAACUAA